AAUUUAAGUUUAGCUUUAGAGAAUCAUGCCAGAAUCGACAUCAAUAUCAGAGAUUCCUUAUUGUACUAGAAACUAGAACUUAUUUUGAGGUGAUUUGAUGGGCUAUGAUAAGUACCUAUGUUUCUAAAAAGGUCCACUAGAGUGAUAUUUGUAAAACAAAUAUGUUUUAAAGUUAAAGUAAUUUUAUCAAAUGUUAUGGUGUUUCUAUGGUGAUUUUGUACACAAACAAACGAAUAAUAUUUUUUAGUCAUUUCUUUUGAUAUUUUUUACCCGACUGCGCGACGGAAGCAACGCGAAGCGCAGCACGCAGCUAGGGUAUUGUGUUACUACCUAAAUAUUUCUUUCUAUUUCACCAUAAACUGUACCUUUCAAAGCGCAUUUACCUUGUACCUUUGAUUAUACACACGCCUCAAUGACCUAUUUAAAGGUCAUUGACAUGCCUGGUUACCGUAUUAACUGCACGCAAGCGUCGAAUAAGAAUAUCUACUACAUAUGGUAGAUACAGAUACACUCGUUGCUUGAGUCAGUGCCACCUCGAGAGUUGCACGGUAUUGUGCUCGUAAAAAAGUAACAAAUAUGCCGGUUUGUGCUGUCCGACUGUGUCACAACCAUGCAGGAAAACCUAAUAAUAAUACUAAGAUCACUUUCCAUCGAUUUCCUGCGGAUGCAGUUAUAGCAAGUCGUUGGAUAGAAGUUAUACAGCGAACUCGAAGCGACUGUCUGUGGCAACCUCACAAGACUUCUGUCGUAUGUUCUGAGCAUUUCACUGAUGAUGAUAUGUAUUACACGGAAAAUGGAUUAAGACGAAGGCUUAAAAGUGGAGCCGUACCGACCAGGUGUUUAUUUCUAUCAGCGAUGGAUUCAACAAAUAUACAAUACGAAAAUAUAGUUGAAGAACCUAGUACUAGCAAAACGCUAAACUUUCUGAGCUAGCGCAUGAGGUAAGCAUUAAUGAUUCUUCAUAUUAAUAUUUGUACUAUGCGAUUCAAAUAAGAAUA